AUGGGUUUAUACGACGUAUGCAAGACGUUCAUCAUCUGCACCGUCACCGUCUUUUCACUUCCAUUUCACGAGCAUAUCGGAGGUGACUCUGAACAGCCCGUUCUAUCUUUCGAAAAUGGCCAGAUCUCGCAAAAUUAUCCAAAGUUCCCUGCACCCAAUGGCCCCGAUUCCCCAGAUGAAGACUUCAUUUGCAAGUAUCCCGAGCUUGGAAAUGACUGGAAGUCAUGUUCUACUCCAGAAAACCGUCACUGCUGGCUGACGAGCUCUGAUGGACACAACUUUAGUAUUCAUACUGACUAUGAGACUAUGUAUCCGCCUGGAGUGCUUCGAGAGUAUUGGCUUGUGGUUGAUAACAAGACCAUCAACGGCGACGGCAUAGAUAAUCCGUAUGGAAAGGUCUUCAACCAAACCUACCCCGGCCCAUGGAUCAAGGCCUGCUGGGGUGAUCUCAUCAGAGUCCACGUCACAAAUAAACUGCGAUAA